ACUGUACUGUAUAUUAUGAAUAAUACUGUAUUUUAUGCAAUGUUUUGUAAACAAGUGUUUGAGUCAUACAUUGAUUAUCAAUGAAAAUGAUUUGAUUGAUUGAUUGAUAGCGUGAAAGGUGUGUCCGAUUUGUUGGUCAAGCAAUUGGUCACUUGAAUUGUGCGGACAAUGGGUGCAAAUGCUUCCCAAUUGGAGAAAGAGAUUGGUUCGGAUCAGUUCCCGGCAAAUGAGCAUUACUUCGGUCUGGUCAACUUCGGUAACACGUGUUACUGCAACAGUGUAUUACAGGCCCUCUAUUUUUGCCGACCAUUUCGGGAGAAGGUCUUGGAUUAUAAGGCCCGCAAUAAACGCCAGACCAAAGAGACACUAUUGACGUGUUUGGCCGAUCUGUUCCACAAUAUUGCCACACAAAAGAAGAAGACGGGAACCGUUGCGCCCAAGAAGUUCAUCGGAAGGUUGCGAAAGGAGAAUGAAGUGUUUGACAAUUACAUGCAACAGGACGCUCAUGAGUUUCUUAAUUAUCUUCUCAAUACCAUUGCUGAUCUUCUUCAGGCACCGGACAAUGAAAAGACUAAUAGCAAUACCAAUGUUACCACUAAUGCCAACAUCAAUGUCAACACAAAUGUUAGCACUAAUGCCAAUAUUAAUGCCAAUCCAUCAAAUAAUUGCAAUCAAAGCAACCAGUGUUGGGUUCGCGACAUAUUUCAGGGCACACUCACCAAUGAGACCCGUUGUCUCAACUGUGAAUCCCUGUCAUCAAAAGAUGAAGAUUUUCUUGAUCUGAGUGUCGAUGUCGACCAAAAUACAUCGAUAACACAUUGUCUUCGAGUGUUCAGCAAUACUGAGACUUUGAGUUCAGAACAUAAGUAUUACUGUGAGAAGUGUUGCUCCAAACAGGAGGCACAGAAACGGAUGAGAAUUAAGAAGUUACCAAUGAUUUUAGCACUUCAUCUCAAAAGAUUCAAAUACACUGAAUCACAGAACAGACACACAAAACUCUCAUACAGAGUGGUCUUUCCUUUGGAGUUAAGGCUCUUUAAUAAGACAUCUAAUGUCGAAAGUGAUGACAAACUCUAUGAUCUCGUGGCAGUUGUUAUCCAUUGCGGAAGUGGACCAAAUCGGGGACAUUAUAUAAGUAUAGUUAAGUCAUUUGGAUUUUGGUUGCUUUUUGACGACGAUUUGGUCGACAAAAUCGAUGCCUCGACUAUUGAAGAUUUCUAUGGUCUACCCAGUGAUACACAGAAAUCUAGUGAAUCCGGAUAUAUAUUGUUUUAUCAAAGCAGAGACUCUUAAUUGUAUAGAUUUUUAAUUUACUGAUAAUAAUAAUAUUGUUUUAUUGGUUGUAAUAC